AUGUUAUUCAAGUCCGUUCUCGUGACAGCCGCCAUGCUGGGCGUCUCGGCUGUUAAGGCACACAUGAUAAUGACUGAGCCUGUCCCCUACGGCAAAGCGACACUCGACAACUCUCCCCUCGCCGCCAAUGGUAGUGAUUUCCCUUGUAAAUUGCGGGGGGCCGGUACCUUCGAUUUCACCCAAUGGAAUAAGGCUCAGAUUGGUGAGAGCAUGCCCUUGACCUUUCAGGGUAGCGCUACGCACGGCGGCGGUUCUUGCCAGAUUAGUCUUACUACCGACUUGGAACCGACGGUGGACUCUGAAUGGAUGGUUAUCAAGUCUUUCGAAGGUGGAUGUCCCGCCAAUGUUGAUGGAAACCUCAGUGGUGGUGCUACCGCUGCCGAUCCAUACACAUUCAACUACACGGUCCCAGAGGGCAUUAGCCCCGGAAAGUACACGCUCGCCUGGACUUGGUUCAAUCGCAUUGGAAACCGCGAGAUGUACAUGAACUGCGCUCCUCUCGAGGUCGAGAGCUCCUCUUCUAAACGGUCCGUUGUCGCCGAAAAGCGCUCCUCCAGCUUCCCUCCUAUGUUUGUCGCCAACAUAAACGGUUGCGAGACCCCCAACAAUGUCGACAUCCGGUUUCCUCAGCCUGGCGACGACGUCGUGUAUGAAGGCGAGCCCAGCAACCUGGCGCCCGUUGGCGCUGCCGCCUGUACCGGUACCCCCACUUUCGGUGCCGCUGGUGACUCCAGCAGUGGCUCAUCUGGUUCCGGCUCUGGCUCUAGUGGAUCUUCUGCCUCUGCCUCUGCCGUUGUCACCACUGCUCCUGUCACAACCCACGCUUAUACCGAGCCGACCACUUCAGCUGCACGCGCUGUCACAACCACCAAGUCAGCCGCCCCUGCAGUGAACACUGCCUCCUCCAGCUCCGAAUCUAGCGGUUCCAGCUCUGGUUCUAGCUCCGGCGCCGACUCGGGCUCCAGCCCUAAGCCCAGCCCCAGCACCGUCGCAAGCUCUAGCUCCAGUUCCGGUUCUCUUUCUGGAUCCUGCAGCGUGGAAGGCGAGUGGAACUGCAUCAAUGGCUCUUCUUUCCAGCGUUGCGCCAACGGCCAGUGGUCGCAGGUUCAAGAUAUGGCCGCGGGUACCCAGUGCACUGCUGGACAGAGCUCAAACCUGGCCAUCUCCGCGAACAAGUUGAUGGCGCGUACGAUGAAAGAGGGUCGCUCCAGGCGCCACGGUCACGGC